AUGAAGUUUGUUCAUCCGUGUUUGCCGCAACAACCGAACCGCGACCCACCCAUACCACACCACAACCGCGACCCACGACCUGCCACUCUACUGCGCCCCACCGCCCUCACUGCACCCCACCGCCUGCACGACCUGCACCACUGCACCCCACCACCUGCACCACUGCACCCCACCACCUGCACCACUGCACCCCACCACCUGCACCACUGCACCCCACCACCUGCACCACUGCACCCCACCACCUGCACCACUGCACCCCGCCACCUGCACCACUGCACCCCGCCACCUGCACCACUGCACCCCGCCACCUGCACCACUGCACCCGACGACCCACACCGCUGCACCGUGGAUCGCUUGGACAGCUUGCGCUUGCUGCUGGAGCUGCGCACCGACGUCAACGCACGAAACGAGGCCGGAGAAACUGCCCUCCUGGCGGCAACGAGGUGCAGUCGCAUCUGCGCUGUGACCCUACUGCUUAUGGAGCGGCAAGUUGAUGUCAAUGCCCACGACCCGCGGGGCGACUCAUCCCUGCUCCUGGCAAUCCGGAACAAACAUCGGGAGAUCGCCCUCAAGCUCUGCGAAAGCCACGCAGAUGUCAGCAAGCCGAACAAGAGCACAGGCGACACACCGGCUCUACUUGCUUACAGCGAGGGCCAGAUGGACAUCAUGCACAUGCUGCUGGCCAAGCGAGCGGAUGUCAACAUUCGGCUGCGCAGCCGGGACACACCUCUUCUGCUGGCUGUGCGGAAGAAUGAGCCCAGUAUGGUCCAGCUGCUAUUUCAGUAUCGCGCCGACCUCAACACUGCAGUACUGCUUGCCUCGAGCCUUGGGCGAGCAAGCAUCCUCAUCGCUCUGCUGCAGCUUCGUGCAGACCCAGGAACACUCCGCUGCUUCUGGCGCUUCAAAAUGGCCAGCCGGACGUUGCGCGGGCGUUGUGCGAGCAUCGUGCAAAUCUGA